GGGCGGGCGCGCGGCGGCCGGUCACGUUUCUGCCCGUAUGAAGCCCGAGCCGGGACGCGCCGGGCCGGUGGGACGCGCCGCGCGCGGAAUAUAUUGAUGACAUUUUGAGAUUUGGAAGGAUCAUGAUUAGUACAUUUAUUGAGGUGUGACUUGAGUUCUCUGCAGAAAGUGGACCUGGUUCAGCGUGGUUUGCCUCCUGCAUCACAGGAGUGACAUAGCUGUGAGCAUCUCUGGUAUCUGUUUGAAGAGGACACUGUUGGGGGGCCCAGGUAUUUCUUUUAUAUUUUAUAGUUAUAGAGGUGUCCGGACUCUGUAAUGGUCAAAGAUUUCCAGUAGAAGAGGAUGAGACAAGAAUUAAAUGCAUGUGGGAGACUCUGGACCUAGGCACCUCAUGCUUUUGAUGCUAGCUGGGAGGGAGCUUGAUAAACACUUUUGCCACCUUUUCGUAGAAAAAACAGAUUUGUGCGUCUGUACUUCCAAACAGAGUUUGUACAGAGGGAAAAUUCUGAAUAUGGCUUGAUCUGCUCUUGGCCUUGGCAGUGUUUCUGAUGAGUGUCCCACGGACUCUGUCAGGUUCUGGGGGUUCUCCUCUAGCACUGAGGAGCAGAACCCUGAGCAGCAGCCUGGGGUCAGUGGAAGUGUUUCUCCAUCAUACUCCUUAAAAGAGCAUCUCAAGAUGAGUGAUUAUUCUGGACUUCCAAGUGACCACAGCCAGAUGAUUGCUGAGGAUUCAGAAAUUCAAGCAAAGCCCGAACACUCUCAUGAAGUUCUUCAGGAAGAUAUUGAAAUGAGCAGUGGCUCCAGUGGAAAUGACUCCAGCGGGAAUGACUCCAGUGGGAAUGACACCAAUGAAAACUAUUCAAGUGGGCAUGAUUCUCAUGGUCACGAAUCUGAUGAAAAUGGGAAGGAUUCAGCAAUGCUCAUGGAAUCUUCGGACUGUCACAAAAGUUCAAGCUCAAAUGCAUUUAGUCUGAUGAUUGCAAACUCCGAACACAAUCAGUCCAGCAGUGGAUGCAGUAGUGAGCAGUCCACUAAAGCCAAAACACAAAAGGAAUUGCUGAAAACACUGCAGGAGCUGAAAGCUCACCUUCCUUCUGAGAAGAGAGUCAAAGGCAAAUCCAGUGUCCUAACAACGUUGAAAUAUGCCCUGAAAAGCAUUAAACAAGUUAAAGCCAAUGAGGAAUAUUACCAGUUGUUGAUGAUUAAUGAAUCCCAACCUGCUGGUCUCAAUGUAUCAUCUUACACAGUGGAAGAAGUGGAGACUAUAACCUCAGAAUACAUCAUGAAAAAUGCGGAUAUGUUUGCUGUAGCUGUUUCUUUGAUAACUGGGAAAAUUUUGUACAUCUCUGAUCAAGCUGCUUCUAUUCUUCGCUGCAAGAGGGGUUAUUUUAAAAAUGCCAAAUUUGUGGAGUUCUUGGCACCCCAGGAUGUCAGUGUGUUCUAUACUUCUACCACCCCCUACAGAUUACCAUCAUGGAACAUUUGCAAUAGAGCUGAGUCCUCAACCCAGGAUUGCAUGGAAGAGAAAUCUUUUUUCUGUCGCAUCAGUGCGGGAAAGGAGCGUGAAAAUGAGAUUUGCUAUCACCCAUUCCGGAUGACUCCUUACCUUAUCAAAGUGCAAGAUCCAGAAAUAGCAGAAGACCAGCUUUGCUGUGUAUUGCUUGCAGAAAAAGUCCAUUCUGGUUAUGAAGCUCCCAGAAUUCCUCCUGACAAAAGGAUUUUUACAACUACACACACCCCGACCUGUUUGUUCCAGGAUGUAGAUGAAAGAGCAGUACCUCUGUUGGGAUACCUACCUCAGGAUUUAAUAGGAACACCAGUCUUGGUGCAUCUUCACCCGAAUGACAGACCCCUAAUGCUAGCAAUUCAUAAAAAAAUUCUUCAGUAUGGAGGGCAGCCUUUUGACUAUUCACCAAUCAGGUUUUGCACUAGGAAUGGAGAUUAUAUCACCAUGGACACCAGCUGGUCCAGUUUCAUCAAUCCUUGGAGUAGAAAAGUUUCGUUUAUUAUUGGAAGGCACAAAGUUAGGACGGGUCCUUUAAAUGAAGAUGUCUUUGCUGCUCCCAACUACACAGAGGACAGAAUCCUUCACCCCAGUGUUCAGGAGAUCACUGAGCAGAUCUAUCGGCUCUUACUGCAGCCUGUACACAACAGUGGAUCCAGUGGCUAUGGAAGUCUGGGUAGCAAUGGUUCACAUGAGCACUUGAUGAGUGUGGCAUCCUCCAGUGACAGCACAGGAAAUAACAAUGAAGAUGCUCAAAAGGAUAAACCAGAGGUUUGUCAGUAUGCCCGUAAGGUGAAGAGUAAAGGACAGCGUAUUUUCACUGACACUAAAGCAAAACUGGACUCUAAGAAAGAGUCUUUUGCAGAAAAACAGAAUCAUGCUGGUGGUCAGGUGAAAGGUGUAGGGGGAAAGGAUACUGCAGGAACAGCUGCUCCAAAAAAUGUGACUACUGAAGAGCUGGCUUGGAAAGAACAACCUGUGUAUUCCUAUCAGCAGAUCAGCUGUUUGGACAGUGUCAUCAGGUACUUGGAGAGUUGUAACGUGCCUGGUACAGCAAAAAGAAAAUGUGAGCCCUCCACAAGUGUUGCAUCACUGAGUUCUGGAGUUCAUGAACAAAAAGCAGCUGAUGAUUCUAUCCAGCCCUUGGGAGAUCCUGCUGUGUUGAAGGCAUCUGGUAAAUCAAGUGGUCCCCCAGUGGUUGGUGCUCACUUGACAUCUUUGGCUUUACCUGGCAAGCCUGAAAGUGUUGUGUCUCUCACCAGUCAGUGCAGCUACAGCAGCACCAUUGUUCACGUUGGAGACAAGAAGACACAACCUGAAUUAGAAAUGAUAGAAGAUGGUCCAAGUGGAGCAGAAAUCGUAGAUGGCCAGCUUCUUGCCCCUCCAUCCAGCUCUGCACACAUAAAUCAAGAGAAGGAGCCAUUUAAAAAACUGGGUCUUACAAAGGAAGUCCUUGCAGUGCAUACGCAAAAAGAGGAGCAGAGCUUCUUGAAUAAAUUCAAAGAAAUCAAGAGGUUUAAUAUUUUUCAAUCACACUGCAAUUACUACUUACAAGAUAAACCAAAAGGACGGCCUGCUGAACGUGGUGGCCGCGGACAAAGAAACACCACUUCUGGAACGGAUCAACCUUGGAAGAAAAGCGGAAAGAACAGGAAAUCAAAGCGCAUCAAACCACAGGAAUCUUCAGACAGCACAACUUCUGGAGCUAAAUUCCCCCACAGGUUUCCCCUCCAAGGUUUAAAUGCCACGGCCUGGUCGCCAUCAGAGACUUCCCAAGCCAGCUACUCGGCAGUGUCCUUCCCCACCGUCAUGCCUGCGUAUUCCCUUCCUGUGUUCCCAGCAGCAGGGACGGUGCCGCCGGCUCCCGAGACUUCGCUCUCCGGUUUUAAUCACUUGCCAGACUCCGCAAACGCUUGCCCUGUGCAGCCAUCCCAGUUCUCCGCGCCCUUCGUGACCCCCGUGGUGGCUCUCGUGCUCCCCAACUACGUGUACCCGGAGAUGAACAGUAACUUCCCGCAGGCGCUGUACCCCAGCCAGCCCAGCUUCCCCGGCCAUCCCUCCUUCUCCUCACAGACGCUGUUCCCAGCGCAGCCCCCCUUUGGCGCGGCCGGCCCCUUCCCGCAGCAGGCAUUUUUCCCGGCGCAGCCGUUCCAGUACAACCCCCCAGCGGAGACCGAGAGGGCUCCUGUGGCAGAGCCACGCAACGAGCCCUCGCGUUCCUGCACUCCGCAGUCGCUGGGUCCUCAGGACCAGGCUUCCCCGCCUCUGUUCCAGUCGAGGUGCAGCUCUCCUCUGAACCUUCUCCAGCUUGAAGAAACCACCAAAGCUGCGGAGAGUGGAGCUCCUGCAGGUUUACAUGGGGCUUUGGGUGAGGAAGGAGCCAUAGGCGAGAUCAGGACAUCGGAUAACGGCAGCGGGAAGGAAUCCUUACCUGCUGAAUCUCCAAUGGAUGCUCAAAACAGCGAUGAACUCUCCAUGUCCAGUGUCCUGCUUGACAUUUUACUGCAGGAGGGUGCAUGUUCAGGCAGUGGCUCUGCCUCCUCAGGGAGUGGUGUGUCUGCAGCUGCCGAGUCCCUGGGCUCUGGCUCCAACGGCUGCGGCAUGUCGGGGAGCCGAACAGGUAGCAGUGAAACUAGUCACACCAGCAAAUACUUUGGGAGCAUCGAUUCCUCAGAGAACCACCAUAAAACCAAAAUGAAGACAGAAAUGGAAGAAAGUGAGCACUUCAUCAAAUACGUGCUUCAGGAUCCCAUCUGGCUGCUGAUGGCUAACACAGAUGACACAGUGAUGAUGACAUACCAGAUCCCCUCACGGGAUUUGGAAACAGUUUUAAAAGAAGACAAGCAGAAAUUAAAGCAAAUGCAGAAACUACAGCCAAAAUUUACAGAAGAACAAAAAAGAGAGCUUAUUGAAGUUCAUCCAUGGAUCCAGCAAGGUGGACUGCCAAAAACUGUUGCUAAUUCUGAAUGUAUUUUUUGUGAGGACAAUAUACAGAGCAAUUUUUAUACAUCAUAUGAUGAAGAAAUCCAUGAAAUGGACCUUAAUGAAAUGAUUGAAGAUAGUGGAGAAAACAACUUGGCUUCCCUGAAUCAAGUCAGUGAAGAACAAACAUAGCCUUUUGAGCCUGUUGUUUUGAAAAUGGCUUCAAAACGACAGCGAAGGAUCCGUAAAGGUUUUAAUCUUUUAUCCAACAGGAUGAAUCCAAUUCAUAAAAGCAAAUGUGUUUUUCUUGCUCUAGAAGAGUCAUUUGUGAAUGAAUCUCUUUUUAAAUGGUGGCAAUCUCUUCCCAGUAAGGACAUUGUUGAAGAUGGUACAGCUUUUCUUUAAAAGACUCAUUUUGCACUUACAUGCCUCGAGUAUUUCUUUAUAAACUAUAGAAACUUUCAUUGAUGCCUACUGUUUUUGUAGAGUGGGUUAAGAAGUGCUGAAAAUCUCCUCAUGUACAUACGGUUCUUCAGAUCUCCUUUUGGUGACGAUUCAGCGUUAUAAAUUGUUGAGCAAUUUUGCUUAGUGGCUCUUUAGCAUUGUUCUCAAUAUUUGAAGUGGUCCAGCAUAGUGGAAGAAACAGCCUUCAAGGAAAUCAAUUCACACUUGCCCUUCUCAUACCAGUUGAUCCAUCCUCUUUGUCUGUCUCCUCUACUUUUGAAUGUAGGAACUUUUUUUGUCUAAGAGGAAUGUUGAGCUAAUUUUGUAAGGUGGUCUGGGGUUAAAGUUCAUGAUGAUGUGUAGGUAUAGAGGAGUGCUGCCAACUUUGUAGGCUUUUAUUUAAAUGGACACCACAAAACUAUGAACUGUUUAUUACCUUCAAGCAUAAUUUCUGAGAAUUUCUGGUCAAGAAAUCAUUAUGCUUAAAGAUUUAAAAACCUUCAGACCACAGAGGAUGGCACUGCAGCCCUGCUGUUAGACAGAGCCUGGGGUAACUUUAACCUUUAUUUCUGACUUGUUCUGUCAGGAGGUUGGCCAUCAGUUUUUCCAAUGUGGCUAAACAAACAUCAAAUAUGUAUGUGGCAAGGGAAGAUUAGAUGUGUCAUUUGAAGAUAGUUCUUACAAAAAAAGAGGUGAUUUUAAGAAUGGUGUUGACUCACUCAAUUUGAUUUACAUAAUCUCCGAUUGAGCGUGGCUGGAAUCCUUUGCCGUUGAAGAUUUCUUUUUAAUGCCUCUGAGACAUUGACUUGAAUAUGUGUACUUUUAUGUUCUUGUGCUGUUUAUGUCUGUUGGAUGUGGGAAGAGAACACGAGAGAACAACUUUUAAUAUGUUGGUUAGUUAAAGGACAUUUAGUUGCUGUAUUGCCAAGAUGUCAUCUGUAAGUCUUGGGGUGAAAAAUGACGAAAGUUAAUUCAAUUAACUUUGAUAUGUUUGUCUUAAAAUAUUUGUCAUGGGAAGCAUUUCCUUUUUUAUUAGGAUAAUAUUUCUAUUCCCUGAAAUUUGAGGUUAUUUUCAUUCUUUACAAAUAUUUCUCUUUGUAUAGAGAGAGGAUGUGAAGUUAGAUCUGACACCAAAAACACGCAAAAGUGACUGGUAUUUACUUAGCAGAAGAAAUAAUUUAUUUCAAGUAAUUAGUUAUUAAUUGGAAAAUUUGUGCUGGAGACAGGUUCUGCAGGUAUCAAAGUGUGUCAACUUGUGAAACAAGCAAAAUUACAACUUUAAGAACUAAAUAAGUAUCUUAAAUGUAGUGUGAAGCACUACAAGAUCUGGUGCCUGUCUUUAACAGCUGACCAAGUUCAAACAUAAAUAUUUGUAAAUACAAAGUGAAUGAGAAAUUUUCCAGUGUUGGUGUUCACGUCCGAUGUAUUAAAUGUUUUAAUCAUACAUGGAACAGUGCAGCUCUAGCAACAUAUGAAAUAUAUUUCAUUUUUACGUGGAGACGCAAACAUGGACCAGGGUUUGGGAAAAAUAAAAGCUUUACAUAAAAGGAGUGCAUCAUAAUUACACAAAUCAUUUUCAAAGACUUCUCAACCACUUUGAACUUUGCUUUAGCAUGCUUUUCCCUCCCCCCAUGUCUUUUUUUAUUUGUCCUCUUUUCUUCUAUUGUUUUUUUUCAAUGACCAUCUUGUAACCAUAACUUAGUGGAAGGAAGAGAAAAGUAUAUUUAGAGCAUUUUGUGGAUGUGCUUACUUAUGGACUUAAUCUUGCAUCCUUAAAGUGUUUGCAUUUACAGGGUGGUAUUAAAAUAUUUUCCUGUAACUUUAAAUCUACAUGCCUCCAUUUAUAGAUAAGAUUCUGAAGCUGUAAUUUUUCCAAACUGUUGUAAGAUGAUUUAUUUGUGAUGACACUUUGUCAACAUGUCAACAAUGUUUUCUGUACACUGUGCAAUAUAUUUUGGUUUUGCCACUUGUGACUAAUUUUUAUGACUUUGCUUUUUAGAAAACUGGUAAAUAAAACAGAUAUAUUUUUA